UUACUCUUUGGUUAUAGUUCAUCCACACAGAAGUUGUAUCCGCUCUCAAUCGUCUCUUUCUGCACAGGUUUCAGACAGCUACUACUUUUACCUUCAGUGCAGGUACUAUGGCAGGUACCAGUAAGACUGAGAAGGUCCAGCUGCACGCGCCAGGUUUAGAGGAGCUGCGUGGUGUGUUACAAGCAGGACUGGAAAAGAACUUUGCAGAAGUUCAGGUGAGUGUUGUGGAGUGUCCAGAUCUGACCAAAGAGCCCUUCCACUUUCCUGCCAAAGGCUUGUGUGGAAAUCCUCGCGUCACUGAUGUCGGUGGCGUGCCGUACCUGAUACCCUUGGUGAAAAAGGAUAAGGAGUAUGACAUGAACACUAUAUCCAAGGAGCUGGAGCUGCCCGGAGCUUUCAUACUCGGUGCUGCAGGAGCUGCUUCCAGGAUCCUUGGAAUGAAUGCAGAGUUAAUGCCGGUAUGUUUAACUGAAGCUGAAGGAAGGCCUGCGGUGAACAGCAGCUACUUCUCCUCCAUAAACCCAGCUGAUGGCCAGUGUCUGCAGGAAAAAUACAGCGACAAAUACUCUGGCUGCAACUUUGGACUGCUGGGAAAUCUGUACGCAUGUGAGGGGAAGCCUGGGGAGGUCAUCGAGGUGCGAGCUAAGAAGAGAACAGGAGACCUGAGUCUUGUGACGUCUUUGAGGACGACUCUGGAAGGUCAUUACCCUGAGAAGAGCCUUGCUCUUGGAGGAAGCUUCAUCAUCCAGAGAGGGAAAGCCAAAAUCCACAUCAUGCCAAGAGAGUUCUCUGCCUGCCCUUUAAACACCGACGAUGAAGUCAACAACUGGCUGAAGCACUUUGAGGUCAGUGCUCCACUCAUCUGCCAGUCGGUGCUGGUGUCCAGGGACCCUGGUUUGGACCUGCGUGUGGAGCACACACACUGCUUCAGCCACCAUGGAGAAGGUGGUCACUACUACAUCGACACCACCCCCGACAGCGUGGAGUACCUGGGCUACUUCUUUCCUGCAGAGUUUGUGUAUCGCAUUGACAGGCCUACGGAAACCCACACUGUUGGACGAGAUUGAAAACUUGAUGGAUGAAUGAUCAUUUAUGCAGCAAAGUAUCUCCCGAUAAUCUAAGUGAAUCAAUUCAUGUGUGAUUUAUGAAUUUCAAUGUGAUUGUAAACGAUUAUUUUCCAUCAUCAAUGUUAAUAUUUCCUCUUUAAUCACAUUUCUUAGAAUAUUUUACAAUCUUCUACAUUUCAGAAAAAAAAUCUAAUUUUCAUGCGAUAAAAACAAUGUUGAAUUUGU